AUAUGUGUACUUAAGCCGUCCGCGAGCGGAGUCCUAACGAGUUCCGCGGCGGACAACGACGAGCACGCACGCUCCCCGACGGCGCGCGAUAGUGACGCUCUACAUUGCUGAGGGUGGACGUGGAACGUGCCAGAGCUUGAGGGACAAUUGGUGCAAUCAUCUCGUUGAGCGUAAACAAACGAGAAAUCAUCAUGAACCGCUAUCUAGCGGUGUUUGGGUGCGUGUGCGCUAUAGCGGCGCUGGCGCACUCUGCUGCGGUGCCAACUCAGGACACUAUGGUCGUCGCCAAGUCUGAUGAUACCAUCGCUACCAGCACUCCGUCAGUAGAGGAGGUCACCACAGAAGAAUCAAGUCCGCCGAUAAAGCUGACGGAAAUGGAAGUAGUGUCGGAGGUAUCUCUGCGGUAUGCGCACACGACGGUGUUGGCGCGCGUGCGCAACCCCGCCAAGCGCGCGCAGGAGGCCAACUUCAGGGUGCUGCUGCCUGAGACUGCCUUCAUCAGCGGAUUUGUUAUGACGCUCGAUGGAAAAUCUUACAAAGCCUACGUAAAAGAAAAAGAAGAGGCGAAGCAGAUUUACCAAAACGCUGUCAGCCAGGGAAUUGGUGCUGCUCACAUUUCUGCCAAAGCUCGUGACUCAAACCACUUCACGGUGUCCGUGAACGUAGAACCUUCUUCAAAUGCUAUCUUCAACUUGACGUAUGAAGAGUUGCUGGUGCGCCGUAACGGCGUGUACAACCAUGCCAUCAACUUGCACCCUGGCGCGCUGGUGCCCAAGCUGACCGUCACCGUCCAUAUCAAGGAGACUGAAAAGCUUAUAGAGCUCAGAGUACCUGAAAUUAGAACUGGAAACGAAAUCGACGCUACUAAGGAUGAUGCUCAGAAUUCAAAGGCGACAAUCGUGAGAGCUCACGACGACCGCGAAGCGACCAUCACUUUCACUCCAGAUCUUCAGGAGCAAGAAAGGCUCAUUCAGAUAUACACGCAAAAGUCAAAGGAGUCGGCUGCCGCCACUCACUCGUACUCGUCGUGGUCAUCUUACUCGGAGCCCGAGGAAGCAGCCCCGGAGGGCGUGCUGGGGCAGUUCGUGGUGCAGUACGACGUAGCCAGGCCUAAGGAUGGUGAAAUAUUGGUAAACGAUGGCUACUUCGUCCAUUUCUUCGCGCCAAGUGAGCUGCCGCCGCUGAGCAAGUUCGUGGUGUUCGUGCUCGACACGUCCGGCUCCAUGAUGGACCGCAAGAUCAUUCAGCUGCGGGAAGCCAUGCAGACCAUCCUCGGAGAACUGAACGAGGGCGACUACUUCAGCAUCGUUGAGUUUGAUUCCACUGUAACGGUCCAUGAUCUCAAAGAAGCGGAAGGCGAGCCCCCCAAACACCACUACUGGUACUCGUAUUUCGACGAACAAGAUAAGAAGGCGACACUGGUGCCGCCAUCUCAAGCUACUAAAGAAAAUAUCGACCGUGCUAAACGAAUCGUCAGCUGGCUUCAAGCGUCUGGAGGUACGAACAUCGGAAAAGCAUUAGAUGUGGCGGUGGACCUCAUCAACAAAGGGGUAGACUGGCAGACUGAGGUAACAGUCUCCGGCACCACCGAGACAACCACGUCAGCAGGCCCCUCAGAGGCUGCUGUCACAAGUACUACUGAAGUUGCCGCUAAGAAAGAAGCGAAAUCUUUGGAGCCAAUCAUAAUCUUCUUAACUGACGGCGACCCGACUGUCGGUGAGACUGAUCCUAAACGCAUAAUCACCCGCGUGCAGGAGAAGAACUCCGGACCAAACAAGGCUACCAUUUUCUCACUGGCUUUUGGCGAGGACGCGGACCGCAAGUUCCUGCGCAAGGUGUCCCUGCGUAACGGCGGCUUCAUGCGACACAUCUACGAGGCGGCGGACGCGGCGCUGCAGUUACGCGACUUCUACCGACAGAUCUCGUCACCGCUGCUGGCCGACCUCAAGUUCACAUACCCCUCUGGACAGGUGCGGUCGGAGUCGCUGACGCAGCACUCGUUCCCCACGUACUACGCGGGCUCGGAGCUGGUGGUGGCAGGACAGGUGCUGGACGUGCCUGAGCUGCAGCCGACUGUGCACGCCUUCUGCGGCGUACAAGACGGAUACGGCAGGAGACGCAUCGAGAUUGUACCGAAGGUGCCAAUAGAAAAGAAGAAGCAAGGCUACUUACCGUUGGAGCGGCUGUGGUCUUACCUCACUAUUAAACAGCUGCUGGACAAACGAGACGCUUCUGACGACAGCGACAAUGACGACAAAGAAAACUCCCCGGAGAAAAAGGCUCUAGCACUUGCAUUAAAGUACGAAUUCGUAACACCUCUGACAUCGCUGGUGGUAGUGAAGCCCAACGCUACAAACGCAGUCGACGCGGAGUCCGUAGACAAAGCAGCUGGACCUCUCAGCCUUUCCAGUGGUGCUCUAGCUCGGCCGAUGGCGAGUUACGGCGGGUUCGGCGGCGGCGUGAGCGCGAGUGCGUUCGGCAGUGUGGGCGCGGGCGGGUUCGCCGCACCCGCCGCUGUGUACACCGGCCUGGCUGGGCCGGCUUCCUCUGUCUUUGCCAGCCCCGAAAGUUAUUCGCUGGCCGCUGACGUCGAGGAUGCAGCGGAAUUAGAAGAAUAUGCGUUUGAAGGACCGGCAACUUUUUCGGCUUUCUCCAGAACCACUCCAUUACUAUACGCAUCCUCCAGGCCUGCGUUCUCGUUCUCAUCACAACAAGGUUGGAGAACUAAUACGUUUACCGCCAACACCAUGAGUGUUCCAAACAGAGGUGACAUGCUAAUGGUAGUUCCACGGACGACGACGAUACCGCCGAUCUUGCGGCCCAGUCUAGCCGACCUGCACCUGGACGGCUACACUUGGCUAGAGUCCUUGCUGGAUGCUAGUGCGAGCACCAUCCUGCUGCCUACCAAUGACACCACGAUCACUUUGAAAAUAGUCAAAGACUCUGUUAUACCCAAAGAAUCAAGUGGAGACGCAGAGUGCGCAAGCGCAGUAGGCGGUGGCGCCGGUGUGUGCGUGUACCUGUCGCGGUGUGACUCCGCGCGGGACAUUACUGUGGACGUGUAUAAAACUACAUACUGCUCCGUCAGCCAAGGAUAUGCGGGGGUGUGCUGCCAGCAGAAAAAAGUUGACAUAGUACAUUGAUUACGGAAAUACCGCGGCAAAAUAUGUAUUGUUGUUCUGAAAUUUUGUGAUUACUUGUAGAUACAUAAUUUAAUACUUAAAAUUAUUAUUGCUGUAAAAAUCUAACAAGAUGUACGGGGCGUACAAAGCUAUAAAACUAUCACGGUUGAAACGAAAAUAAAUACUUUUAUGAAACCGAUCGAUGCAACAUAAACUUGUGCCCUACAGUUAGAAAAAAGCAUAGGUAUUGUGUAAUUAUAAAAUGAUAAGUAGAAAUCAGUAAAAAUGCCGAAAACUUAUGGUGCUAGAUAAUGCAAUAGUGCCAUUUAUUAUAAUUAAAACAUGACCUACUGUUGUGAGAUGUACCUACUAUAACUAGUUCUCUUUUUAUACAAUUGAAUCUUAAAUAAAAAUAAGAUUAUUUUUAA